UGUCGAUUGUUACUUCCAGAACAGAUAUAACUCUGUCAACAGAAGACCAGCUUACAAAGUAGCUUUGUCGAUAGAUUGAUCCACCCGAAACUCUCUGGACAAUAGCCUUACUCAAAUAAUUGUGUAGGCUUCUAAACUUAGAUGCUAUUCAUUUGAUAUGCAUUUGGAUAUGUUUCUGAAGUCAUCCAAGCUGUACAUUUUCUUUUAAUAAUAUUGAUAAGCACAUUGCGGAUAAGUUGAUAUAUUUAAACUAUUCUCCUAAUUGACAAUAAACCUCCGACAAUGAAUCGAUCAGCUGAUGGAACUGUUAAUUAUGUGUUCAGUGGGAAUUUUGGAACCUAUGAGUCGCAUACUGCAGACGACAACUGGUUUGCAUCACCUCUGUCGAAUGCCGUGGCAUUAUUUUCCCGUUUUAUUGUUAAGGACGAAAACAUUCCAUUGGAACUGAUACCCUUCGAGCUACAGAGGGAGUCUACAGACCAGGUCUUUGAAAAGGUUGUCGCUUUCGAGCAGCCAAUUUUCAUAUUUUCCAGCUUUAGUAUUAUAGUCGCUAUCGUAAUUCCAAUUGUUGCACUGUUUUAUUGUUGCUGCCGGAUGUUCGGAAAAUGUGGAGGUCAUAGGUCAGAACAGUAUGUGGCAACAUUAAAUGACAGAAGUGGUGUUUUAAUUGGCUUUAGCCUGUUUGUGUUCAUCCUAGUGGCUUUGGCAUCAGCUGGGAUAAUGGCCAUGUCUAGUCAUCGCCUUGGCUCUUGUUGGAAUAAAAUUGAAGAAUCUGCAAAGAAUUCGCAUCAUGAUGUCAAGCUUUUCAACGACAACUUGUUCUUGGCAAUCAAGGAGCUAGGGAUUGAAAAUCGACAGACAGUAUUUCACAUGACGCAAGAGGCUCUUGAUGACAUAGGAGGUCAAGUAACGGAACCUGUGAAUACUGAUUUAGAUUUCUUAGUGAAUGUCAUUAAAGAUUUGAAUACGACAAUAUUUUAUACGCUCUCGGAUGUGGAAUUAUUGGUUAACAGAAUUGACACCAGUAUGAAAGAUUUAAAACAGAUAGUUGAAUAUCUGCGGACCAAGCUGGGAAUAAUUAUUAUUGACUUGGGACAGUUAAGGAGAGAGUGUGUAUAUGAGGUACUACCAAUUGAAGACUAUGUGAAGGUAUGCAUGGAUAUCCCUGAUGGAAGGGACCUAUCGAUAACAAUAGAUACGGGGAAAAAGGGGAUACCUGAUAUAACUAGUUUUGUGGACUUCGUUAGAAGGCUCGUUCCCGAAGAAACAUCAGAUCUGGUCACAAGACUCACAGAUGCGGGGAGUCGUGUGUUGUCUGAGAUGGUCUUUGCCGUUGAAGAUAUGACGAGAGAUGAUGUAGAAGGUGAUAUAAAAUACACAUAA